AUGGAAAACGUGUUCGAUAACAAGAAGGAGCUACGCCUCGGGAUGCGCGUGUUCAGCUGCGCUUUCGGCGAUAAGAAAGUAGCACACGUGGAGGGGGUAGCCAUUGAGGGGGACGGGGAAGAUGACGAGUCCAACUCGUCUGACACUUCGUUGUCCGGCUGCGUGGCGGACGAAAACCUAAUCAGGUACCUCUUCAACGAGCAGAUAAAUAUAAAGAUAGGGACGGUGCGCUUCAUGGGCACGCUGAAGAAUUACCCGCAUCCAAACAAGACAUUUUACGGAAUCGAAUGGGACAACAAAACGGAGGGAAAGAACUUUGGAGAUUUCAAUAACGACGUUUACUUCUUCGCCUUAGACCUACUCAAAAGGGAAAAAACGAAGAGGUACUACAACGGGGGUGAUCACACAUUGAGCACGCCGAUCGAGCGAAACAGAGAAUUUGUGGAACAACUUCGCACUUGUAAGAAGUACCUUAAGCCGUGCUCAUUCCUGCCAGUGGAAAAAAUACACGUAGGGUUAACCUUUUUUCAAGCCCUACAUUUUCGAUACAUAUAUUUCUCCACCGACUCGGAUCUCUACGUGGAGGAUUAUCAAACGAAGAAGACCAAGAGGGUUCAAUUCAGUGGAGUCACAGAAGCGAGAAAGUAUUUCCAAAAUUUUUAUCAACUUACAAACAUAACCCUAAAUAAAUACUUAAUAUACACCUGUGGAGGAGGUGACAAGAUAGUCUUUCACCAUCUUCGUAGCUUGUCUCUCUGUGGGAAUCUCAUCAGCCAGUGGAAGGACAUCUUUGAUAUUGUUAGUUUGGCGAAGGAGCUGUCUUACCUGAACGUGUCGGAUAAUAAAAUGUCAAAGUUGAGUCUGGAAUCGGUUCUGUGUCGCUGCUUGCGUGGCUGCCUAUGUGGUCAUAGCAAUGCAUAUAAAGAGGGACAACAUCAGGAAGGUACAGUCACACCGGGGGGGGAUCCACUCAAAUGUAGACACUGCAUGCAGGACCACCUAAUCCGAUUUGAACAAAUUAAAGAACUAUGCAUUGACAACACCAUGAUCGAUUGGGAAGAUGUCCUAAUUCUGUCGUUCGUUUUUCCCAACAUGGAGACACUUAGCUUGAAAAAGAACUACCUCACGAGCAUUCCAAUGAGGGACGUGAACCUCGUCAACUCGCCUCUUCUCCUCCAGUACGUUCAACGUGACAGACGUGAAAAGGAGUGUCCUUCCGAGACGCACAAUGGCUUUUCACAUCACCACAUCGCGCAGCAAGGCGCACCUAGCAUGGAAUCGAACGAGACGGCGAACGAGGGAAACAUACACACCUUUACCAAGCUACACAAAAUCGUACUCAACGAUAACUACCUGCACGAUUACGAAGACCUGUUCUGCUUCAUCUGCCAGGUGAAAUCCAUUCGGGCCGUCUUCAUAAAGAGGAACAAAUUUGCAGACAGGGACGACUUAGUGACCGUUGCGGAGGGGGUAUGCUCAGGGACGGGAAAGAAGGGGAAGAAGGACGAGGAGGGGAAGCACGACAAGGAAGGAAAGCAAGACGAGGAAGGCAAACAAGACGAAGAAGGUAAGCAGAACGAGGAAGCCAAGCAGGACAAGAAAAAAGGCGAAGGGACCCCCCCCCCGGACCGACUCCAACGGAUAAACAAAAAAUUCAGCCACUUGAAAGAACUCCUGCUGGAUGAAAACAAAAUUAACAACUACAAAACCAUGCGAGAUUUGUUCUACGUUUUUUACCACCUGGAGACGCUAAAUUACCAGAAGGGAAAAAACAACUUGAAGGUGAAGAAGGACCUCCGGUUCAUAUUCGUGGCCAUCCUCCCCAUGUUGAAAACACUCAAUUGGAGCUCCAUAAACAAGAGCGAUCGGAUAAACUCGGAGCGCUUCUUCAUAUCUCUUUACCAGAAGGACGACGUGGUCAGGGUGUUUAACGAGCCCGUGCUCGGCUGCCGCCACAGCGACCGUCUGGAGUGCCUGCACUACGAGGCCCUGAAGGAUCAACCGAGCGUCGAAACCUCCAAAGGCAUGCAGAGUAACCUCAUCAAUAUCACCAUCAUCCCCGAAUUUCUAAAUUCCAAAAAAUAUGAUAUCGUAAAGAAAAAGGUCAACAAGCACAUGAACAUAAAAGAUUUGAAGUACCUGUGUUCGCGACUCUAUUCUGUCCCCCUCCCCAAGAUGCAAUUAUUUUACACGGACGAGAACAACCCUAUGUGUGUUGAAAUUGUGGACAGCAACUCGAGUCUCUACACGUAUGGAAUUGACAACAACUCGAAGAUAAAAAUUAAGAUGGAGCAGUAG